CUUCUUCAGAAGCUCUAAUACCUAUAUUCGAAAAUGUCUCCUCGUUUCUCUGUGCUUCUUCUGUUCGUUGCUAUUGCGUGCAUUAGCUUGAGCUAUGCCGGUAUAUCGGGACCUGUCCCGCUCUGUCCUAGUGACGAAAUUUUCAAAACGUGUGGAACCUCUUGCCCACUUAAAUGCGGGGUACCUCCAGCAAAACAGUGCAUCGCUAAAUGCGUUGUAGGCUGUUUCUGCAAAGACGGAUAUUUCAGGAAUGCUGCGAACCAAUGUGUCUUACGUGAAAAUUGUUAAUCUUUGGCAGAAUAUUAGGUUUUACCACAUAAAUAUGUACCGAUGAGAAAAUAAAUUGAUCAAGCACUAAUAA